AUGAGAAAAACCCAUGGCUCCACCAGCUCUCCCAACUCAGAGCAGCUCUCCGAGGAGAAAACGCUGCCUGGCGUGGGGCUGUCUGAUCCCUGUCCCAUCUUGAUUCCAUUUGCGCCGCUCCCUCCCCCAUCCAAGAGCCGGAAGGAUCCCCCCAACCCCACGGUCCUGCAGCAGAUCCUGGGCACGUUCCCUCCUCCGCUCCCUGGGGGCCCUGGGGAGGCUCCAGAGCCCUCCCUGUGUGCGGGACAGCUGCUGCAGCACCGCUGCGCCCGCGUGCCAGCAGCGCCCAAGGAGCAGCUGCGCCAGGUCCCAGCGCCCCUCGGCGGGGCCGCCCCGUGCCCGGCCCUGCCCGGCCCGCCGUGGUUCCGCCUCGGCCGGGCUCUCUCCGUGCUGGCUGCGGCGCCGCUGGAAGUGCCGCUGGCUCUGGUGCUGGCGGAGCAGCGCGGUCUUUUGGCCGCGCCUGGCGCGGGCUCUGGGCCGGCCCCGGCCGAGGCCCGGGCCCCGAACGAAGCCCCUGCCGCGGUUCCGCCCGCAGCCGCCCCGCUGCCGCCCGGCUCCCGCCCCGUGGCCGCCGGCGCGGCCGGCAGCUUCCCCGCUCCGAGCUCCGCCGCUCGCCAGCUCGGCCGCCGGCCCCGAGCCGCCGCAGCCCGGGCCGGCUCGGCAAGCGGCAGCGCGCCGGGCGGGCGGGGCCCCGGGCAGCAGAGCGGGAGCGCGGUGCCGCCCGCACGGGCGGAGAAGCCGCCCCUGGAGCAGCUCUACCGGGAGGGCCCGCUGCUGGGCAGCGGCGGCCGCGGCAGCGUUUACUCCGCGACCCGGCUCGCCGACGGCGCCCCGGUAAGAGACGGGGCCGGCUCGGGGGGCGGCGGCGGGCGGCGAGCUGAGCCCGGCACUGGCCUUGGCUUGCAGGCGGCCGUCAAGCGAGUGUGCCGGGAGCGCACCUCGGAGUGGGCGCGGCUGGAGAGGGAGCGGGGCCCGCGGGAGGAGCCGGGGGCCGUGCCGGGCGGGGCUGAGGCGAGGCCCGGCGGGGCGGCAGCCGGAGCGCUGCGAGGGCAGCGAGCGUGGAGCGAGCGGGGGCCGCGCAGCGUCCCGGGCCGGGCAGUGGCGAGCCGCGGCGGGGCCGGGCGGCAUCGGGGGCCCGAGGCGCGGCGCAGCAUCGGCCCCGCUGACGGCAUCGCGGUGCCCCCGCAGCACAAGGGCGCCCUUGUGCCCCUGGAGCUGGCGCUGCUGUGGAUGGUGUCGCGGCCCGGCUUUCGCGGCGUCGUGCGGCUCCUGGACUGGUUCGAGGAGCCCGACGGCUUCGCGCUGGUCAUGGAGCGCCCGGAGCGCUGCCAGGACCUCUGGUACUCCCUGGCCGAGCGGGGGUUCCUGCCGGAGCCCGUGGCGCGGGGGCUGCUCCGCCAGGUGCCGGAGGCCGUGCGGCACUGCAGCAGCCGCGGCGUCCUGCACCGCGACAUCAAGGCCGAGAACGUCCUCGUCGACCUGGCCACGGGCGAGGCGAAGCUCAUCGACUUCGGCUGCGGCACCAUCCUCCAGGACACGUUCUACAGCCGGAUGUCAGGAGCGCCGGAGUACAGCCCACCGGAGUAGUGGAUCCUCUUUGGCUGCUACCAUGGCCAGCCAGCCACCAUCUGGUCCCUGGGCAUCCUGCUCUAUGAGCUGGUGUGCGGGCACCUUCCUUUCCACACCAACAAGGACAUUAUCCGGCGCCAGCUCUUCUUCCCGGCCCGGGUGUCUCAAGAGUGCCAGCAGCUCAUCAGGUGGUGUUUAUGCAUGGACCCCACAGCCAGGCCAUCGCUGGAGGACCUUUCUGAGCGUUCUUGGCUGCAGGAGCCCUGCCUGGCCCAGGAGACAGCAGAGAUCCAUCGCUGUGCACAGUAGGAUGCAGAGCCCAGCAAGCAGCAGCGGCACGCGUCUCGUGGCGCUGGAAGAAAACCCUGGAGCGUUUCCCUGUGGCCGCGGCGGGGAGGAGAGAGCGCAGCCCAGGAGAUGCUUCCGCUGGUCCCUGGCGAGCUGUGGAGGGAGCGGCUCAGUGCUCCCCGUCCUGUUGGAGAAGUGGUGGCAGUGCAGUGAAGGUGUCAUGGACUGGGACAGGGGAAACAUCCCCCUGCAGCUCAGUGACAUCGUGAUGUCCCCGCAAGGUGAGGCACAGCUGGCGUGUUCUUCUGGAGCAGGACGUGGAGCUGGGAACACCAUCCUGGAGCUGGCCGCUGGCGGGGCAGAGCCCGUUGGCUUUGGCUGCGGCCCCUGCCUGGAGGACACGCUCUGCGC